AUCGCACAUCAAGCGGGACUUGUAUGUCGUACUCGGCCAUUUAGAAGAAAUCUCACUCCCGACCAGGACAAUGCAAAACGUGACAAGAGGCGACAUUGUAAAUAUGCAAGGACCCAGAACCGGAAAAUGAAAAAUGAAAUGCUAUCAGCCCACUGCGAGCUGGGUCGAUAUCGAACAAAAACAAUCUCUGAGAGGACAAGCUGCCACUCAAGAACACUCCUCCAAGACUUUGAAGACUCACCAAUAGACCAUUCACCAUGUUAUCUCUCUGCAUCAUGGUGGCUCCUUUCAUGUCAACGCUCAGGUACGAAGAUAACGAUAACUGGGCAAUGCUUGUAUCGUGGCUAGCAAGCCCAACAAAUUCAUGAGUCUGAACUUUUAUCAAAGUCCACUGGCAGACCUGUCUACCUUGGGUAGUCAAUCUCCAAUGAUAAGAAACAUGUGAUUAUUCUGUGCUGUUGACGGGGAAGGGAUGCAGCGAGGAGAAGGUCGAGA